AUGUCUCUCCCUCACCCCUCGCCUCCGCCGGCCGAGCGGGAAGGGUCCGAAGACCCUGACUCCCCACCACCCCCUAGCAAACGUCCUCGUCAGGAGGAGGCAAGCGGAGUCUCCCGGGCGGGGUGGCAGCCGCCCCGGGGGCCUGGGGUAGAACCGGUGUGGCGCUGGCGGCCUAGCAGCUUCCCGAGGCUCCUCGCGAGGCAGACCGCGGGCGUGGCGGGCGUGGAGGGCGGCUGGGGCCCGGGUGUGGGGGGCCCGGCCCGGGGGGUGAAGAUAUGGAACGUGGCCUGGCAGAAGAACGAGUUCCCUUUCUCCUCACGAAGUUGGGGUUCCGGAUGGAGGGCCUCAGGAAGACCUGGGGAACCUGGGCGGCGGGAAGGAGAGGUUUUCCGUGUGGUCCGCGGAGACAGCUCCCAGGCUGAAGCCAGGUCGCCCAGCACCCCCGCAGGCCUUAUUCACGGAGUCGCACACCAGACUCCCAAAGAGAGAGACGGUGUUCUAAAGUUCCCUAGUUCCGUAAGACCGCCCGAAAGCCCGUUUUUAGAUGUUACCUCUAACGAGGAAGAGGAGGAGAACAGAUGCAGAGUUGACGGUGUCAUGCCAUCAGAGUGGAAAGAAAAUAGCAUCUCCUCAUCGGUACUAAAAAUAUCAAAGUCUCAAAACCUGCCCAGCUUGGAAAUUGCCAAACUCAGCUAUUUUCGAGGUAGCAUCACAACAAGUAUCCUUGAGUUUCCAAAGGAUUUAAAUAGCAACAUGUCCUUUGUCUAUUUAAAGGAAAUAGCAAAGAAAAAGAAUGACAAAUUGGAAGCAUAUGUUUGGGAUUUCACAAACAUUUACUGGUGCCAAAAUAGACCUGAUGUUGAGAAGCAAGAAGUACAGGAUGAUAAAAAAAUUGUAGAUGCAGAAUAUAAUUUCCCUGACUAUUUUGAAGGUAUCCCGCAGUCAAAUAGCAACCAAAACGCUCUUGAGAAGAAAAAAGGUUUGCUCAGUACAAUCUAUCACUAUAGUAGUAUCAAGUGUGUAAGAGACUCUAAAAAGAAUUCCACUGUAAUACUGGCAAAUGCACACUGGAAGGGAGCAAAAAGAAGCUGGGACAGUUUCAUACCUGUCAGGUUGGAAAAAUCUCAAGGCUGGGAUAGCAGCGUGAGACAUAUUUUGAAAAGAAACAGGCAAAAUUGUUGGAUUAUAGAGAGUUACAAGAGCAACCGUGAAAAUAUGAAAAACACUGGAGAAAUUUUGAAUUUGCCUCAACUACUAGAAUUAGACUUUUUACACAAUGAUUAUCCUUGUACAAAACUCACAAAUAUUCAAACACAACAAUCAAAGCCUCUGAUGAUAGGAAAUGUGGGCAACCAGAAAACAUUGAUCAAAAUUGUUCUGUUAAGUGGUGAAGGACAAAAAGAUACUAUGUUACAGUUAAGAUAUACUAUGAAAAAUGACUUCCUUUUAGGCAACACUUUACACAGUAUUAUAGAUGAUAGUAUGAUAAACUGGUAUGGAAUUUUGAGGUAUGAAAGACAAAUUAAUGUGAAAGACAAAUUAGUGAUAGCCAGAAAUAUGUUUAUGGAUAUAAGGAAUGCCAUUUUACACAAAUAUUUACAAGCUGGAGUUUCAGAUGAUUUAAUUGACAUUUUAAAAGCCAACAUAAUUUUUUUUCUAAAUACAUUUGAUUUUUUAUCAAGAAUUGAAAAUGAUUCUGAAUUACAAUUGAUAGUGCAUUUAAAUUAUCCAAAAAAUAGUAUAGUAGGGAAUCACACAGUAAGGAUUCUAACUUUUUCGAGACCAUUACAAAAUAGCUUGAAACCUCUCUUAAAGAAAAGAAAGCUAUCUGAAACUAAACAAGUUCUUGAGGGGCCUAAGAAACAAAACAUUGAUUCCAUUAGCAUGACCACUAAAGAUAAAUGUCUUCUGAUUUUUGAAGCAUACAAAAAAUUUCCUCUUCCAAUAUAUUUUGAUUAUGCAGGAGAAAACAGUUUGACAAAUGUAUUUAAUUUUAAGAUUACAAGUUGUCCUGAACAACAUACUAAUGUGGAAAGCUGGGCUUGCCAUAGUUACACUGAAAGAAAACAGGAUCAUGACACAGUCAGUCAUUUCAAUUUUAAGUAUAUAUUUGAAAAUUUCUUUAAUAUCAAGCAACAGGCCAUACCCAUAAGCCAAAACACACUACAUAGUGAACAGAACAAAACCAUAGCUCACAUGUUAAAUUUUGAGAACUUGCCGAGUGAAAUAGAAGGGAAAAAAUAUAACUUUACUUUCCCAAAAGAGGUAAAAGUCACAGCAUCAAAUUUAACAAAAACUUUACGGGUUUAUAAAGGUAUUCAUUUAGAAAAAGAAGAGAAAGAUAGAUUUUUUCCAAUGGGGCGCAUAUGUUCUGUGCAGGCUGUUUCAUUAAUGAGUGAGAAAGUAAAUGUGGAAGAAACCAAAUUUGUUAGUCAAAAUCACAGAGCUGACAAAAAUGAAUACAAGAGUAUUUUUCGAGAAAGUAAGCCGGCAAAUUCAAAGCCUUUUCAUCUAAAGACUGACUCUAUAUUGUGUGUUAAUCAUCAAUUUGAAACUGAUUCAAGUGAAGAGAACAAUGAAUGUUUUCAAGCCUCAGUGGUUAAAUGUUUGUCAACAGAAGCUCUAACAAUAGCAAAAGAUUUUGAGAUGAAGAGUAAAUUUGAUUUAGUUCUUGAAGAACUUUGUCGGUUUCAUGAAAUUAGUAACGAAAAUGAAGUUCUAAGCACUGUGGAAAAACACAAGAGCCAAGGAAAUUACAUUGGAGCAAGUAAUGAUGUGGAGGAGGCAAAAGUGGAGAGAAGAAAGGAUUUGAACAUUUUUGCUGCAAACAAAACAUGUACAGUUUCUUUGCCUUGUGAUAAGAUAGCCAGUCCUACUAUGCUUAAAAGAUACCAAAGUUUAUUUAAAUGGAAAACGGCACCUGGAGUCAGAGAACGGGAAGUUCUCUCUGAGUAUUGUUAUCCUAGAAGAUCAGAGAAAAAAAUACUAUAUUCUGCUUCUGAAGAAGCUUGCAAACCUCCUUUACCCAAUAGACAUGCUUUUCUUCCUGAUGAAUGUAAGGAAGAAAAAAUUAAUGACUUAUUGAAAGAAGGCAGGCAUUUUUCACAAGGCAUUGCACGGGUACAACCUCUUAAGACAUGUAACCGACCUAUCAGGAUCGGUUUGUCAAGAAAAGCUAGACUUGCACAACUUCACCCCUACCUAAAAUAA